AUGGCGCGUAGACGCCGUCCUCCUCGACCCGGCGCCCUCGCGGACCUCUCCCCGACCCGCAUCCUCACCCAGAUUGUGCUUCUCCAACUGGCCUACUAUGCAUGCGCCGCAGUGCUCAUUGUCUUCACGGCCAUCGUAGCGGGCAAGGAAGUCAGCACGGAUCUAUUAUUCAACUGGCGCAGUCUGCGCGGUGAUACCACAGUUGGCUGGACCCUGGGGCUGGUAUGGGUGCUGAACAGUCUCAUAUGGCAAGCAUACUUCAAGGACACUUUAUGCGCGACACUAAUCUGUAACAGUGUCAUUUUUAUUGUUCUUCUCAUCGCGCGAUCUAAACUCGUGCUCGACUUCGCCCUCACUAUACACUUCAUCCAUCUCGUCACCACGUCGUUAUACUCGCAUGCUGUCCCGGCCAAUCUCCUAUGGUGGAUGCUCCAAAUGUGUAGCGCGACAGUAAUGAUAUCCGUUGGCACAUGGGCAUGUCAGUGGCGGGAGCUGAAGCCCAUCAAUUUUGGCGGAAACAAGGCCGCUGCGAACCCACAGCCCGCGGAGGAGGAUGGUGUUGGUGAAUCAAGAGGCCGAGGCAGGGGAAGAGGGAGGGACGGAGCGGGCGAGUACGAAAUGGCGAACCUGAACGAAGGCGAUGAUCGAGUGUGA